AUGACACGACAGUUGAGCGUGAGAGAUCAGGUCAAGGUAUAUUUUCAUGAUAUUUAAUCAAACUCAAACCCUCAAUUUUGGUCAUACUUUGCUUUACAGUAUUUAUAUUCAUUGCCAAGUAAUCUAUGAAUAUUAUAUAAUAUUUAGGAAGUUAUAUUGGAAUCGUUUUCUAUCGUCAAAAUUUCAUAUUAGUAACAAUUCUCUACUUUACUUGUUCUCUGGGCAUUCUGAAUUUCCUUCGCUAUAUUCAAGCUAUUGAUUGA